AACCCUCCAUGGCCUUGCCCCGCCGGUCGACGGUGAGGGUUUCCAACAUCCCGCCAACAGCCGUCGCCGGUGAGCUCUUCGACUACUUCGACGCCGUCGUCGGCUCCGUCUACGCCUGCGAGAUCGCCACCGCCCGCAAGAACUGGAAACCCCGUGGCUUUGGCCGCGUCCAAUUCGACUCCUUCCUCGCCGCCGAUCGCGCCCAUCUCCUCUCCACCGAGGAUCGCCUCCCCUUGUUCCAGCGAGCGCGCCUAUCGGUUCUCCCCUCCCUUGAUGACAUCGUCGUCCGCGCCGUCGAUGAGGGGAACCGCAUUGAUGAUGCUGAGGUCUUUGUGGGGAAUUUGAUUGCGGAGAGGACGAUGGAGGUGUUGGAGUCUUGGGAUAUGGUGAGAGUGGAGGUGAUCCCGGAGAGGAAGAAGGUGUUGGUGUUCUUGGAGGAUGGUUCUCGGUUGUAUAAGCUGGAGAUCAUGUUUGGGGAUUUAUUGAGGUGCUGUGGCUGUUUUUUGGGAGGAAAAGGUAAGGGAAGCGAACAAGAUUCCAUCUUGUUGCAGCUAAAUUAUGCACCAAGGAUUUUUGAGAGAAUUUCUGGGUCGGGAUUGACUUUGAAGUGUAGCGGUGAUCGGUAUCGUGUCUGUAAAGAAGAUUUUCCAUUUGUAUGGGCUCGUACAACAGACUUUUCAUCAACCAGCUCUUUUGGGAGAUCAUGUUAUUUAUGUGUGAGGAUUAAAGAUGGAUUAUCUUCUGCAGAAAUUCUCAAGAGCUUACCUUAUGUAGAAGAACUGGGAUAUCUGUCAUUAACUAGGCAUGAACUGUCGUGGUCUUCAUCUCUACUGGUUCCCAUCAUUGGUAUCCCACAAAAUAAGACAGUUGACUAUGAAGUCAUUUUUCAGCUUAAUUCUUUGCUUCACAUGCAGAAAAUUUCUGUUGGACAAUUAAACGGUGACCUCUUUGAUGCUCUAAGUGGAUUACCUCUGGAUUUAGCAGCUAAGAUCCUUAAGAAGAUGCAUAAGUUAAACUCGACAUGCUUUGAGCCUGUACAAUUUAUCCAGAGCCAAGUUGCUAGCAUCCACAAAGGUCAGAAGACUUCACAAUUUGACAAAAGUACCUUUAAUGAAAACUUAAUGAGUUGUCAUAGAGCUCUUAUCACCCCAUCAAAAAUUUAUUUUCUGGGUCCUGAAGUUGAAACAUCAAAUUAUGUGGUAAAAUAUUUUUCUGCACAUGCUUCUAACUUCCUUAGAGUUUCAUUUGUUGAGGAUGAUUGGAGCAAGCUUCCGGCUGAUGCCCUUUGACAAAUAUUGAGCGUGGUGUAUUCUCGAAAACCAUACAGAACUAACAUAUAUGAACGAAUUUUAUCUAUUCUAAAAAAUGGGAUUAUCCUGGGGUCAAAGAAGUUUGAAUUUUUGGCAUUCUCUGCAAGUCAGCUUCGUUCCAAUUCUGUUUGGAUGUUUGCUUCCAGUGAAGAUGUGACUGCAAAAAGUAUCAGAGAGUGGAUGGGCCAUUUCGAUGAAAUUCCUACUGUGUCCAAGUGUGCUGCAAGAAUGGGUCAAUUAUUCAGCUCUUCUAUGCAGAGUUUCAAUGUUCCAUCACAGGAUGUGCAAAGUAUUCAAGAUAUUGAAGUUGUUACUGAUGGGGUUAAGUAUUGCUUCUCAGAUGGUAUUGGAAAAAUUUCUCUGGCUUUUGCCAGGCAAGUUGCUCGGAAGUGUGGAAUGAGUGAUACUCCUUCAGCUUUCCAAAUUAGGUAUGGUGGUUAUAAAGGAGUUGUAACUGUUGAUCGUACUUCCUUUCGGAAGCUUUCAUUGCGUCAAAGUAUGAAAAAGUUUGAUUCAAGUAAUACAAUGCUUAACAUCACCAAUUGUAGUGACUAUUUGCCAUGUUAUCUGAAUCGUGAAAUAAUUUGCCUCUUGUCUACCCUGGGAAUUGAGGAUGAAAUCUUUGAGCUGAUGCAGCAAGCUGAAAUUCGUCUUUUAGAUCAAAUGCUAGUAGAGAGUGAAGCUGCUUUGACAGUUUUGGACAGAUUGAACGGCUUUGAAACUAAGACCACUAAAACAAUGCUAAUGCAUGGUUAUGCACCCAAUUCAGAACCUUAUAUUUCAAUGAUGCUCAGGGCUUGCCGUGACUAUCAGUUGUCUGACAUAAGAAGUAGAUGCAGGAUCUUUGUUCCAAAAGGCCGACUUUUAAUUGGUUGUUUGGAUGAAACAGCCACUUUAAACUAUGGUGAAGUGUAUCUCAGGAUAACCAUGAAAGGCAAUGAAAAACAACAAGCUACUGGUCAUACUUUCUUUGACAAGGCAGACCAAACAACUGCUGUACUAAUUGGAAAGGUGGUUGUCACAAAAAAUCCAUGUUUGCACCCUGGCGAUGUUAGAGUUCUUCAAGCUAUCUAUGAACCUGGACUGGAUGAGAUGGGUUUGGUUGAUUGCUUAGUUUUCCCUCAGAAAGGACCAAGGCCGCAUCCAAAUGAAUGCUCGGGUGGAGACUUAGAUGGUGACCUGUAUUUUGUAUGUUGGGAUGAAAAUCUUAUCCCACAGAAAACUGAUGAACCAAUGGACUAUACUGGACGAAAGCCGCGAUUUCUGGACCAUGCAGUUACAGAAGAGGAAAUUCAAAAUUUUUUUGUUGAUUACAUGGUUAAUGAUACACUUGGUACCAUUUCAACGACGCAUUUGGUUUAUGCUGACAAAGAACCACGCAAAGCCCGAAGCCCUAAGUGCCUUCAGCUUGCGAAUCUCCAUUCCAUGGCUGUUGAUUAUGCAAAAACAGGAGCACCAGCUGAAAUGCCAAGAAUAUUAAAACCAAAGGAAUUCCCAGAUUUCAUGGAUAGAUGGGACAGGCCAAUGUACAUGUCGAGCGGAAUUCUUGGUAAGCUUUAUAGAGCUACCUUAAGAAAGACCGACGUUGAGAGAUCUGAAGACACUUGCUUUGGAGUACCUGUGCAGUCCAUGUAUGAUAGUGACCUCGAAGUCGAUGGUUUUGAGGCCUUCAUUGAAGUUGCAGAAGAAUUUCGGGAUUUAUUCUCUGAGAAACUUAGCUCAUUGAUGACUUACUAUGGUGCAGAGUAUGAGGAUGAGAUACUGACUGGUUAUUUGAGGAAUCGAUCAGCUUAUCUGCAGAGGGAUAAGAGGAGAUAUGGAGAAAUGAGAGACCGGAUUUUGCUCAAUGUCAGAAACUUGCAGACGGAGGUGAAAGGUUGGUUUGAUAGUAGCGGCAGCGGCAGCGGCAGUGACACGACCAAAAUGGCAUCGGCUUGCUAUCAUGUUACAUACCACCCGAACUAUUAUUCAGCUUCUAAUUUCCUGAGUUUUCCGUGGAUUUUUAGCGAUGUUCUGUUAAGUGUAAAAUCAUCGAAAAAGCUUUGUAGGUGAGGAAUCUAACAUCACGUUUACAAAGAAAGGUUACUGCUGUGGUUUUCUUUGGCGACUCAUUUUACUUCAAAGUUCUAACUAUUGUAAAUUAAAACUCUUGGUUCUGAAUUUAAUGAUAAUUAAAUGACUCUUAUGAUCAUCUUUGUUAUUUAA